UUCAGGCCGUGGUACUUGCCUUGAUAAUGAGCCUCCCAAGCGUGACUUUCUUUAUCCAGCUGUGGCCCCAGGUCAGGUGUAUGAUGCUGAUGAACAGUGUCGCUUCCAGUAUGGAGCAACAUCCCGCCAAUGUAAAUAUGGGGAAGUGUGUAGAGAGCUGUGGUGUCUCAGCAAAAGUAACCGCUGUGUUACCAACAGCAUUCCAGCAGCUGAAGGUACUCUUUGCCAAACAGGGAGCAUAGAGAAGGGGUGGUGUUACCAGGGGGAGUGUGUACCUUUUGGCACUUGGCCCCAGAGCAUAGACGGAGACUGGGGUCCAUGGUCAAUCUGGGGAGAGUGCAGCAGGACCUGUGGGGGAGGCGUCUCCUCGUCUAUAAGACACUGUGACAGUCCAGCGCCUUCAGGAGGAGGAAAAUAUUGUCUUGGAGAAAGGAAACGAUAUCGCUCCUGUAAUACUGAUCCAUGUCCUUCAGGGGCCCGUGAUUUUCGAGAAAAACAAUGUGCAGAUUUUGAUAAUAUGCCUUUCCGGGGAAAGUACUAUCACUGGAAACCCUACACUGGAGGUGGGGUUAAACCAUGCGCGUUAAACUGCUUGGCCGAAGGUUAUAAUUUUUACACUGAACGUGCUCCUGCAGUAAUAGAUGGGACUCAGUGCAAUGCUGAUUCACUGGAUAUCUGUAUAAAUGGAGAAUGCAAGCAUGUAGGUUGUGAUAAUAUUUUGGGGUCUGAUGCAAAGGAAGAUAGAUGUCGUGUUUGUGGAGGAGAUGGGAGUACGUGUGAAGCCAUUGAAGGUUUCUUCAAUGAUUCAUUGCCCAGAGGAGGCUAUAUGGAAGUGAUUCAGAUUCCAAGGGGUUCUGUGCACAUUUUGAUAAAAGAAGUGGCAAUGUCAAAGAACUACAUUGCUUUAAAAUCUGAAGAGGAUGACUACUAUAUUAAUGGUGCCUGGACUAUUGACUGGCCAAGAAAAUUUGAUGUUGCUGGAACAGCUUUCCAUUACAAGAGACCAACAGAUGAACCUGAAUCUUUGGAAGCCCUAGGCCCUACAUCAGAAAAUCUCAUAGUCAUGAUUCUGCUACAGGAACAAAAUUUGGGUAUAAGGUAUAAAUUCAAUGUUCCCAUCUCUCGCACUGGCAGUGGAGACAAUGAAGUUGGAUUUACAUGGAAUCAUCUGCCAUGGUCAGAAUGUUCUGCCACUUGUGCUGGAGGUGUGCAGAAACAAGAGGUGGUGUGUAAAAGGCUGGAUGACAACUCCGUUGUGCAAAACAAUUACUGUGAUCCUGACAGUAAACCUCCGGAAAAUCAGAGAGCCUGCAACACUGAGCCUUGUCCACCUGAAUGGUUUAUAGGAGAUUGGUCAGAAUGCAGUAAGACCUGUGAUGGAGGAAUGCGAUCGCGAACAGUUCUCUGCAUCAGAAGGAUUGGACCUUCUGAGGAGGAGACACUGGAAAAUACCAACUGUUUAACACACCGGCCUAUUGAAAAAGAGCCUUGUAACAACCAAUCCUGUCCCCCACAGUGGGUUGCUUUGGACUGGUCAGAAUGCACACCAAAGUGUGGUCCAGGAUUCAAGCAUCGAAUUGUUCUCUGCAAGAGCAGUGAUCUUCUGAAAACUUUCCCAGCUGCUCAGUGCCAAGAGGAAAGCAAACCUCCAGUCCGCAUCCGCUGUAGUUUAGGCCGAUGUCCUCCUCCUCGCUGGGUUACUGGAGACUGGGGACAGUGUUCUGCACAGUGUGGUCUUGGGCAGCAGAUGCGAACAGUACAGUGCCUCUCAUACACCGGACAAGCAUCCAGUGAGUGUCCAGAAACACUUAGACCUCCAUCAAUGCAACAGUGUGAAAGCAAAUGUGACAGUACUCCCAUUUCCAACACAGAAGAGUGCAAAGAUGUGAACAAAGUGGCAUAUUGCCCACUGGUGCUGAAGUUCAAGUUCUGCAGUCGAGCAUAUUUCAGACAGAUGUGCUGCAAGACCUGCCAAGGACACUGACUCCCAGCAAGCAUGAGAAUGUGCCUUGUUAUUACCAUUGUGGAAAAGUGUCCAUCGAAGAGAGCCACACAGUGGAAUGAGAUUGACGUCCUUGCGAACGCAUAACCCUGUGGAAAACGUAACCACUGGUCAGCCCCAGCUGACAGGAUUUCAAUAUUAUUUUAACUUCUGUGAAGUGGGAUUUAUUCAUCCAAAGUGCUGGACACAGUAUGAGGAGGGCAUGCCAAUUUGGAAAGAUGCACACAACACAUAUAGAAUAGCUUACUGUGGAACAUUUGUGUUCUUUUGACUAAAUUCAAUAGUCUGUUUACCUCCUUGGACCAUUAAAAUAAUUUUUAUUAUGGACUUAGCAAUGACACUGAAUCCAUUUGUAUUUAAAACUGUUUAAAAUGUAGCUGUUAUGACUUGGUCUAUUAUGGAAAUAAAGAAGAAACAAAAAACUGUUAAGUCAUAGCUUUAAAAUGUUAACUAUUUUAUCUUACAACACAGCACCACAAUUUAAAUUAUAAAAUGAGCUUGGAAAUGUUAUUUAAAGAGCAGAAUUUUUUUUUAAAAAAAGUAUUUUUCCUUCAUUCCACCUAAUUCCCUUUGGAGUAAUCCAUAUUUCCUAAACACUGCUGUGGGCCAUAUAUAAAGCUGUACUAAAUAGGACAACCAUGAGGGACUUAGUUUUAAGAGGUGCAACAGUUAUUGCAGUGGUGCAUGAAAUACAAGUGUGCUAUGAAGUGAAAUGAAAU